AUGUCGGAGAUCACGAGCCUUAACCAGGAGGGAGAUGUAACGUUAGGUAAGGUUUCAUCAGAGACGAGAUCAGAAGACCAGUUUUCGGACAAUAUACACGUGCCGGAGAUUUGUCGUAAAAGGAAGCGAUAUGAAGAAGAAGAAGAAGAAGUUAUUGUGGAGGAAGACAAUGACGGAUUCAAAACACCGACUCGUCCGGAGAAUAGGAUCCCUCAUGUCAGAGAAUGCCCGCCGGCACCGAGGAAAGGCGGAAAGGAAUAUCCGGUGAUGCACAGAGGUAAAGCAAUGUGGUGCCGGAGACGGUUGAAUUUCUCGCCGGAAGAUUCCGCCAGCUCGUUUAUAACGGAUUUGCAGUGGAGAACGACGACCAUGACGAUCAAGAAAUAA